CUCAAGGCUAGUGCUCAGUGCUAGAAUUGUUUGGAGAGCAUUCAGGAGAAACCAAUUGUCAUAGGAGGUUAAAACAAACACACAAAGAAAGAAAUAGUUCACUCACAGGCAGAAGAUGCCGGUGAUCAACAUUGAGGAUCUGACAGAGAAGGACAAAUUGAAGAUGGAAGUUGAUCAGCUCAAGAAAGAAGUGACACUGGAGAGAAUGCUGGUAUCCAAAUGUUGCGAAGAAGUGAGGGAUUAUGUGGAAGAGAGAUCCGGGGAGGAUCCACUAGUAAAGGGUGUCCCAGAGGACAAAAAUCCCUUCAAGGAGCUGAAAGGAGGCUGUGUGAUUUCCUAAAAAUAAAAUGUAAAAAAUCUUUGGCAUAUCUUAAGCUUUAAUGGCAAUAUUAAUUUUUGGCCAUGUAUAAUAAUAUUAUUAAGCAUUUACAUGAAUUUUUAAAUUUC